AUGGGAGACGUCGAGAUCAUCCGUGGUCAGAACUUCGAAGUCGGACCUCGGUACAAGGAUCUCGCGUACAUCGGCGAGGGCGCCUAUGGAAUGGUCGUUUCCGCGAGAGACACGGAAUCGAACGAGAAGGUUGCGAUCAAGAAAAUUUCACCAUUCGAGCAUAAAACCUACUGCCAGCGUACCUUGAGAGAGAUCAAGAUCCUCACUCGUUUCCGACACGAGAACAUCAUCGAUAUCCGGGACAUAAUCCGAGCCCCGUCCGUUGAUCAAAUGAAAGACGUUUACAUAGUCCAAUGUCUGAUGGAGACGGACCUCUAUAAGCUGUUGAGAUCUCAAAAACUCUCCAACGAUCACGUGUGCUAUUUCUUGUAUCAAAUUCUGCGCGGACUGAAGUACAUCCACUCGGCCAAUGUUCUCCACCGCGACCUAAAGCCUAGCAACCUACUGCUGAAUACAACUUGUGAUCUGAAAAUUUGUGAUUUCGGCCUGGCUCGCGUCGCGGACCCCGACCACGACCACCAGGGCUUUCUGACGGAGUAUGUGGCGACACGUUGGUAUCGUGCUCCUGAAAUCAUGGUCGACUCGAAGGGGUAUACCAAAUCGAUCGAUAUCUGGAGUGUGGGUUGCAUACUCGCCGAGAUGUUAUCCAAUCGGCCGAUUUUUCCCGGGAAAGAUUACCUCGACGAGCUGAACCGUAUACUCAACGUACUCGGCUCACCAAGCGAAGACGAUCUCAAAUGCAUUCUCAGCGAUAAGGCUCGUUCCUAUCUCCAAAGCCUUCCACCGAAGCCGAAGGUUUCUUGGGACAAGCUCUAUCCUGAAGCCGACCCCAACGCUCUCGAUCUACUAGACCGGCUCCUCACCUUCAAUCCCCGCAAAAGGAUCACGGUCGAGGCCGCCUUAGCUCACCCGUAUUUGGAGCAGUACUACGAUCCGGACGAUGAACCCGUUGCUGAAGAACCAUUCAGAGUCGAGAUGGAGCUCGAUGAAUUUCCAAAAGAAAUCCUCAAAAAACUCGUCUUCGAUGAAACUAACUCUUUCAAAGCGCGGAUCGAAGCCCCAAAACAUCCUUAG